AUGUCUACGGGGAAGGUCUGUUGUCUGGUGCUGCUGACCCUGGGGGUGCUGGCGGUGGCUGUGGCACUCGUGGUCAUCCUGACUCAACCCAAGUGUGGUCCUCAGCGCUACCUGCACGGUGCUGUGGCUGCUGACACCGAGACCUGCUCUGUCAUCGGACGGGACAUCCUGAAAAGCGGAGGCACAGCUGUGGAUGCUGCCAUUGCUGCCUUGAUCUGCACAUCAGUGAUGAACCCUCAGAGUUCGGGCCUGGGUGGUGGGGUCAUAUUUACCAUCUACAAUGCCAGCACAGGAACCGUCGAGGUGAUCAACGCCCGUGAGACAGUCCCGCGAGUGUUUCUGCCCAACUUGUUGUCUGCCUGCGGGGCUGGUUUCCCCAUCGGUUCCCACUGGAUUGCUGUGCCGGGAGAACUGCGUGGGUAUGAAGAAGCCCAUAAGCGACACGGCCGCCUGCCAUGGAAAGCCCUGUUUGAACCAACCAUCAAGCUCCUUUCACAGCCACUUGUCAUUUCCCCGGUUAUGGACAAAAUUAUGCAUCACCCAAACUUCUCCACUCCAGGAAAAUUCCUGUGCCCGCUGAUAUGUGACGGUGAAAGGUUCCUGAAGCACGGAGAGGCCUUCAUGUGGCCGGCGCUGCAGCGAACGCUGAAAGCGGUAGCGGAAAACGGAGCUACAGCAUUUUAUGAGGGACAGAUAGGAAAGGCCCUGGUGGAGGACAUCAGGAAGGCUGGGUCCACUAUCUCACUGGAGGACCUCCAGGCAUACAAAGCAGAGGUGUCCUCAGCUCUGAACGUUACCCUCAACAAUCACACCACAGUGUUUUCUCCUGGACCGCCCAUGGGAGGUGCUGUGCUCUUGUUCAUCCUCAAGAUAUUGGAAGAGUAUAAACUCCGUGAAGCAUCACUGAUGACUCCUGACGAGAAGGUAGAAGCCUACCAUCGCAUUGCAGAGGCCCUGAAGUUUGGCAAUAUGCUGAAAUCCCGUAUGAGUGACCCAGCCUUCUCCGAAGCCCAGGUGACUGUGGAGACCAUGCUGUCUGACAAGAUUGCUGAACUUGUCAGGCACCGAAUAGAUACCCGUGGAGACCACCCACUCAACCACUACAACUUGCUGGAGUCCAUCUACAGCCACAGAUACAAAAGCAAGGGCACAAGCCACAUCUCGGUGCUCGCUGCAGAUGGCAGUGCUGUGUCCGCCACCAGCACCAUCAACUACCCGUUCGGCUCCUUUGUGUAUUCUAACCAAACUGGGAUCAUCUUAAAUAACGAACUCGCUGAUUUCUGCAUCGCAAACAGGAGCAUUACAGCAGGAGAGAAGCCUCCGUCGGCAAUGGUGCCUUCCAUUCUCAUCUCCAAGACAGGAGACACGCUGGUGAUCGGAGGAGCAGGCGGGGGCUGGAUUAUCAGUGCUACUGCUAUGGCGAUCAUAAACAAGCUGUGGUUUGGCUAUGACUUGGAACAUGCCAUUUCAGCUCCCAUCAUGCACACUGAAGGUGACAAUAUCCUGUUUGAGAAACACUUCAGUCAGGAGGUUAGGAGCGGCCUGCUGAAAAGAGGACAUAAGGAAAAGGAAGUUACAUUGGCAAUGAAUGUCGUGCAGGGUAUUUCCAAGGAAGGAAAAUGCAUCUCUGCUUACUCUGAUAAAAGGAAGCUGGGGAAGUCAGCGGGAUAUUAG